AUGUCAACUCGCGUCGUUCCACUCUACCACUCGGCCUAUGCUACUCUUCAGAAAGAUAUUCUCCAACCAUUAAUCAAUGUCGAUACCAGUAAACUCGGAAAGAACACCACAGCUGUCGUUCUCUUCUACAAUCGUACUGUCUGUGCUGCUCUACAAAUGUCACAGGCGCUUGAACGCGCCGUUAACAUUAGUCACGACAUUGUCGAUGAAGCUGCUCAAAGUGUACUUGAUAUUGUAAUGGCCGUCGCACGACAGCGAGAAGAAAUUCAAGAUCUAAAGGAAAAGGAAAACGUAACACAAAUACAACUCGUCCAGAAGCAGGAACAAGCCGCUGUGGCUGAGAAGGCCGUACAGGAGGAGGAGGCGAAGGGAUCACGAUGUAGAGAGCUGGAAGAGUUCGAGGCUCGUCGCGAGAAGUAUCGGAAUGAAUUGCUGACUCAACAGAAUGACAAAGUCGCGCUCGAUCGACAGCUGACGCAGUAUGCCGCAGAACUCGACACUAUGAGCUUGACAUUGACCGACGUCGAGCAGCAGGGGAACUUCACAAUCAUCAUCAGUAAACUGAUGAAAGACGUGGCUCACCACCUUGGCUCUGUCUACACUCCUACUUCUAUUCUUGGCAACAAUCUAACAGUAGUUCUCGAGUUUGAGCCGUGGCUUGAGCCACUGAACGAUGUGUACCAGGCCAUGUUAAAUAACAACAUAACGAAGGAGCUAGAAGGUGGAAUGGUCAACAAGACUGUUUUACAGCAAAUACAGCUGAGCAUGGAAAAUAUCAUGGAGAUCCUACCACGGAUACCAAUGAAUACGAUCGGAAACACUCAUUGUUUACUUGAAGAGUUUGUCAAUCCAUAUCCGGAAGAGCUUGACCAAUCUAUCAAUACAACCGAGUUAACGGCUGUGACUGAAGAAGAUGGCGGGAAAGUGACUGCAGCAGCUGGAAAUAUUAUUACAGUGGAAAACUCAACUGAUCUGGUAAUUAGAGAAGAUAGUAAUGCAACUACCACCUCUACCACCGCAACAAUCGGCCAUCUUGACGGCAGAGGCUUCGCAGUUUUGAACUUUCUGUAUCUUGGCGAUGAGCUCGACGUUCUUACUUCAUCGAAGAAAUCCGCCGCCGGCCUCAUUCGGACAGCAACUAACGCUAACAUUCGGAAUAUUCGUAUGGAGAACUGUCAGAUCACGUCCGGCAACUCUCGGAUCGGAUGUUUAGUGGGUAGUGCUGUGAGUACGCUCUUCCACAGAGUCGGCGUUCUCAAGGGUAGUCAGGUCACCUGCACAGGUGAUGCUAUACUGAAUGCUGCUUGGGCCUGCGGAGGCCUGGUCGGAGGUGUUACCACUAGCGCUACGCUUAGCGAAUGUUUCUCACAAGCGGAAGUGGAUGGAGGUCGCGUUUACCUGACCGGUGGUCUCGUCGGCGGGCAGCCCGGCGGAAAACACACUGCUGCUGAUUUUGUCAUCGAAAACAGCUACUCCGCCGGAAGUGUGAGCGGUUAUCGGUACGUUGGUGGUCUCACUGGCGGAACCACAGGUGGUUCGAACUCGAACUACUAUGCAUCUCUCUAUACGAAUACAUCAGGUCAUCCGAAAGCGUCUGCAACACCAGUGGCUGUACUUGAAACAAUACCCGUGACUUCAGCUAUCAUUGUGCAAGAGUUAACGUUGCAGACGUUUGGGGCAUCAUCUAUACCUUCGGUUUCUUCAGCAUCGCCUCAGCCAGACAAUCAUUCUUCGAUCAUAACUUCAUUCGAAAGGGUUACAACGACGACAGCAACUCCUUUAGUUCACCCAGUUGCCAUAGAGCAGGUGGUCAGUGACGUUAAUGCUUCAGUUUUUUCACGUUCGCCUCCGUCGGACGAUCACUCUUCAAUCACAUCUUCAUUGGGCACGGCUACAACGACGACAGCAACUUCUUUAUCGUAUACAACUGUCCAGAGCACGUCGUCACCGACGUCAUUGCUUUAA